UAUCGUAUUCACAUGGAGGCCACUGCCCUCCCUUCCUUCCCCGUUCUCCCUUGUCUGUCAUGGCGUGAGAGUUGUCGCUCUGCUGAAACCUCUCUCUCUCACCUCCGACAAACCACACCGAAACUGAAAAAGAGAACGAACGAAACUCUAGAGAGAGAGAAGAGAGAGAAGACUGAUUUUCCGAAUUUCCACAUGGAAGACGAAGCAGAAUGAGAAGAAACUCCACAAUUUUCCGCAAAGCAAUGCCUGACCACUCACCACUCCUCCGCCGACAUGCAUUCUGGUGAGUUUGGGCGCCGACGUUGAAGAUCUUGCUCGUGGUCUUCUGAUUUUGCUUCGUUUAAGUGCCGAUUUCCUUGGCAAUUGCUUCGUUUCUUUUACUUUUGAAGAUCCGUUGCUUACGUCGAAGGUCUUGAGAAUGUCAACCGCCUGAAGAACUACUUCAGUCUUUUGUAGCAUCGUUGGAAUCUAGUCGGUGGCGGUGCUUUAAAAUUUCGUAUUAUUUGUUCGUCCGCUUCUGUUGUUUUGGGAUUCGCGCCAGGAAUUCUGAGUUCGGAUUAAGGUUGAGAUCAUCCGGAAGCUUUGUCUUUGGGCUUUUGACUGUUGGGGAGUUGAAGGUUGAUUGAGAGUUUUGAGAGGCAAAUAUGUCUUCGUGGGAAACGCUUGGUGAGAUAGCGAAUGUGGCCCAGCUUACGGGCAUAGACGCAGUUCGUUUGAUUUCCAUGAUAGUGAAAUCGGCGAGCACUGCACGUAUGCACAAAAAGAACUGCAGGCAAUUUGCUCAGCAUCUGAAGUUGAUCGGAAACCUGCUGGAGCAGCUCAAGAUCUCGGAGCUUAAGAGGUAUCCUGAGACUCGGGAGCCUCUGGAGCAGCUCGAGGAGGCUUUAAGAAGAUCAUACAUUUUGGUCAACAGCUGCCAGGACCGCAGCUAUCUCUAUCUGCUUGCCAUGGGAUGGAACAUUGUAUACCAAUUCAGAAAGGCCCAGAAUGAAAUUGACAGAUACCUUCGUCUUGUUCCUCUGAUUACGCUUGUUGACAAUGCUCGAGUCAGGGAGCGACUGGAAGAUAUUGAGAAGGAUCAGCGUGAAUAUACCUUGGAUGACGAUGACAAAAGGAUUCAUGAAGUAAUUCUGAACCCAGAACCUUCAAAAGAUGAGGCAAUGGCGUUGAAGAAAUCUCUUUCUUGUUCUUACCCAAACUUGCCUUUUAACAAAGCACUACAAAAGGAAAAUGAAAAGCUUCAGCUAGAACUGCAGCGGUCUCAAGCUCAUCUGAACGUCGGUGAAUGUGAAGUUAUUCAACGUUUAAUAGAUGUCACUGAAGCUGUAGCUGCAAGUUCUAUUCAUGAGAAGAGUUCACCUGAUAAAGCCCAUAAAGUAGUGGAAAAUACUUACGUAGAUGCCAACAAUGCACAUUCAUCUGAUGAAAGUUAUUAUAAGAAUACUGAUACUCGGACAACCUCAAGAAAAAGUUCUUCCAUUUCAUCAGGACACGAUCUGCUCUCGACCAGAGGUUCUGAUCGGUAUGGCGAAUGGCACACUGACUUACUUGAUUGUUGUUCAGAACCUUCUCUGUGUCUUAAGACUUUGUUCUACCCUUGUGGGACUUUUUCAAGGAUUGCUACUGUUGCAACUAAUAGGCAAACAUCACCAGCAGAAGCAUGUAAUGAUUUGAUGGCAUAUACUUUGAUACUAUCGUGCUGUUGCUACACUUGCUGUGUCAGAAGAAAGCUUCGCAAGAUGUUGAACAUCACGGGAGGUUUUGUUGAUGACUUUCUCUCCCAUCUUAUGUGCUGCUGCUGUGCCCUGGUCCAAGAAUGGCGAGAAGUCGAGAUACGUGGGGUUUAUGGUCCUGAAAAGACCAAAACAAGCCCUCCACCCUCCCAAUACAUGGAAUCCUGAAAACAGUCGGGGUCGAUGCAUAUUCAAUCGUCCCUCGUCCCUAGUUCCGAAUAGUUUCGGUUCAUGAUAGCGUUAUGUAAUGGAUACAGGUAAAUCUAGUUGGCAUGUAACUGGAAGCUUACAUUGGCAUGUUUUAUAUUAUUACUAUAUACCAACCCCCUCUGUAAAGUUGACGUUGCAUCCUGCAUAGCUGUAUCAUAGAUUUGUUCUAAAUCUCUUAACAGUGUUUCCAGUUUAGUUAUGUCUAGAAAAUUGGAAUUUACAGUUUGUAGAACUAUUAUUGUUCAUAUUCUUUUUCCAUUCGAUUUUAA